AUGUACUCUUCGGGGUACGACCAGUCAUCGUCGCGCUCGCCCAUUGCCCAACGAAACCAACCCCAGACUGGCACGCUGCACCGCAUGCCUUCACGCCAGUUCGACGCCUACGGCCAAGUGCCCCAGGCCAACAACAUGUACGCGCAAGACGACCAUCAACGAGCUUACGACCAGCCUCGCAACUACGAGCGCCUGAACCAGACAAUGCACGCCGGCGGCUAUGGCUACGACAUGGGCACACCCCAAGGCUGGAACACCAACGCCUUCUCCCAGAACGGCGGCCUGGGAUCGCUUGGAGGAGCCCAGGCGGCACGCAUGAAAUCGCAGCAGCGCGGAGGAGGCCGCAGCGCACUGCCAUCGGGAUGGAUGGACCAGCAGCAGCCUCAGGGUUUGCCUAGCUUUGCUCUAAGUAACAGCAACCUCAACGCCAUGCAGAACACGAGCUACGGCCACGACGUUGAUGAAGAGCUCAUCCCUACCGCCAUCGUCAUCAAGAACAUUCCCUUUGCCGUCAAGAAGGAGCAGCUCGUCUCUCUCAUGACGGAACUGCGCCUACCCCUGCCCUAUGCCUUCAACUACCACUUCGACAAUGGCGUCUUCAGAGGUCUGGCUUUUGCCAACUUCACAACAGCCGAGGAGACGGCGGCCGUCAUCGAGUCGAUGAACCACUUUGAGCUUAAUGGCCGGAAGUUGCGUGUCGAGUACAAGAAGAUGCUGCCGCUGGCCGAGCGCGAGCGUAUUGAGCGGGAAAAGCGUGAACGUCGCGGACAGCUCGAGGAACAGCACCGACCCCUUGGCGGCGGUCUUCAGUCGCAGGCCUCGUUUGGCUCCCUUGCCUCUCACAUGCCAGCUACCUCGCCUUCGCCUGUUUCAGCCAUGCGUGGUGGAUCGGCUCAAAAGACUGUCGACGUUGACCUGAAUGACCCCCAAGUGCUAGGAUUCUACACGCAGCUUCUUAUAUUCAAGGAGAACAAGGACCGCGACAGCAUGACCUUCCCCCCGAACCUGGCGCCUCUACAGCGCCGCACCGUUCACACCCUGGCUCAUCAGCUAGGCCUUGCGCAUGUGUCCAAGGGCACCGGCGACCAGCGCCAAGUGCACAUUUUCAAGGUCCACGACAACCAGGGCCUCAGCCCCCCAAUGCCACAGAUGCCCAGCAACCAUAUGGAGCAGCCCCGCCGUAACCUCAACCGCGCCGCCACCACCGACUUCAGCGACGUGCGCGCCGAAGGUGGCUUUUACAACGCCUUCAACAGACAGCCAUCUGGUCUCCUCGGAUUCCCCGAUUCGCCCGGCGGUCUCAACGCAGUGCCCAACCUACGCGGUGCUAAAUCCUACGCCGAUCUACGGUCCUACACGCCUUCCCCUGCCCCGUCAACAGCCAGCCACCCUAUCGGUCGCCCCGGCGGCAUCUCCCUCGAAGGUCUCGGCUACAGCGGUAGCUCUACGAACCCCAACGGCACACCCACAACGGGCUCCAUGUCGCAACGUGAUGAUAGUCUGUUGGAGCGCGAAAUGAACCGUAUGCAACUUGGCUCUGGUGGCUACCCGCAGAAUAGCAGCAGCCCGCGUGCUUUACGCCAGAUGACCUCUUGGGAUGCUCCUGGUCCCAUUGGUGGUCAUAGGUCUUUCAGCACCAAUUACGAUGACAGACCAUCGAGACAGCCCCGUGGUCCUCUGCCUGAACGAGGACAGGGGUUCGGUCGCCCGAGGCAAAAUGGUCAUCAGAACCGUAAUAGCGAUGAGCUGUCGAGUCAAUCCAAUGUUGAGAUUCUCGUUGGGCAAUAG